CACUGAUGUAGAAAGAUGGAGUAUUUACUUUGGGAGAUGAGGGGAGGAAAGCAAAAGAUGUUGCCAUUAAAGCUGGUACGCGCUCUGGUUUUAGGAGAAACCAUCGGUCACCAUCCUCUUCCUCUUUCCCAAAAUCACUGUAAAAAUGAUGAUGAUGAUCGCGACACCACCGCCAAUCGCAGUGAAACAACAAAAACCCCAAUGCUUCUUUUUGUUCCAACCAGAGAGCUUGUCAAAGAUACGUACAGGUUAGCCACUAUAGCAAGAGAUAUGGGCAUGGAUUUGUACCCAACCCCAUCUCUAUCUCACAUCAUUUUCUCAUACCCAUCAACGUCUUCUUCUUCAUCUCCCUCAUCGUCUUCAAAGGCGUCUUCUUCGUCAUCAUCUUCACCAUACCCAUCAUCCUAUUCAUGGUCUUCUUAUUCGCUACCAUUGUCUCAGCUACCUAAGGACGCCAUCCCUCUUUCCUUCCCCUCAAUCUCUGGCUCCUCUCUCUCCCACCUCCGAUCCUUUGUGUCUCUCUCAAAGGGGCUAUUUAAGCUUGUCUUUUACACACAUAGCACUGAUAAUGAUCCCAAGGAACUUAUUCUCGACCAUUCCAAGAACAACUGGGAUUGCUCUUCGUUGUCUCUGUUUUCGCGGUUAACAGGACAUAAAAUCGAUUCCAUGGAUGGCUUUUGUAGGGCUUUGGCUGGAACUGGAUGGACCCUUUUCAAGACCAAGAAGAACCCAUCACAGGAUUCCGGUGGAAGUCACAUUUAUGGGUGCAAGAUGGUGUACCUGUUCAGGAAGGUGGACUCAGGCCGGAUUCGAUGGCUCCAGGGAAAUGGGGAGUGUAGGAUGAGAGAGCUGAGGUUACCCAAAUUGGAUUUUAGGAAUGCACCUUUGAGGAUUUUGCAGUACAUUCUUCUAAUGACCGAUGAUCUCUUUUAUCUGGCCUAACUUGGAAAUAUGUUCCCGCCUCCCCCAUUAGAGCUCAGGAUCUCGCGGAAGUGGGGAAGGGAGUACCCAAACCCACACGUCGACCACAUUUCGCCCCAACACAGGCUUGCAGCAAUACUGAAGCAUCUUUGUCUGUCAUGAUCAAUGAAGUAUCUGAUAACUUGUAAUGGAUGGCUUCUUGCAGGCUUGUGUUUUUAGAACAUAGAUGGGUAUCACUGAGAAGUCAUAAUGUGUAUUGCACUGUUUCUUCCCUUACACACUUACGCCGCAAAAAUCUUUUGUCCAGCAUGAGUUGGUAGCAGUUUAGUGUGGAGUACUGAUCCAAAGACAAUAAUCUUGUAAGAGCUUGCAAAGCAUAGUUUUAUUGAUCCAUAUCUCCUUUGAUUUUACUGUCAUGCUUCUUGACAGCAAUAAAUUCCAGUUGAAAUGUUAGUUUUAGACUUUUAGUUGUGCAUGCCAGUGCCGACUGAGUACUGAAUCUACUGACCAGCGUUGCAGUAUGAGGAGCAAUGCAAAGGCGAUUCUAUUUAUCCAUUCUGCUAUUUUUUGGCUCUUCCUUCAUAGAGGAUGUUCACUGCAAUCUUGUUUUUGCUAGUUCUCAUCAUGCCAUAAUAUGCAUAUCCUAUAUUAUUCAAAUGUUGAUGGUGGAAUGGCCAUAGGAUUAUUCAGAUAUUUGGGUGGAAACUAGUUCUCCUUCUACAUGUUUUCAACAAUUCUUAGUCUCUCUGUUCUUUCUGUUGUUCGAGCUCUGAAACUCUGCAACACUAAAUCCCUUAUCAGAAUUGUCUGCAACAUAAAAGCUUAUGGGAAAGUCAGGUUACCAGACGGAAAUGAAUGAUCCCAAUAAGGUGGCCAGUAUUGUUUGUUUUGUAUGUAUUGACUGAAGUCAUUUGUAAUAAAGAACAAUAUUUGGAUGGCAGAGACCAAUUAGUCUUUUGCCUGAAUUGCAUGACGAA